GGCGGGAGGGGAUGGCAGGAACGACCCGGGGCUUCGGGGGCCGGAUCGCGCCCCAUUCCCGAUCCUGCGGCCGGGGCAGGGCCGGGGAUCCUGGAGGAAGUUCCCUUUCCCUUUAAAUGCAAAUCCCGGGCUGAGCGGACCGUGUCCGGGGGGAUCCGGGUGUCCGGCGGGAUCGGGGUGUCCAUCGGGAUCGGGGUGUCCGGAGGGAUCCGGGUGUCCAUCGGGAUCGGGGUGUCCGGGGGGAUCGGGGUGUCCGCUGGGAUCCGGGUGUCCGCCGGGAUCGGGGUGUCCAUCAGGUCCCGGAGGCCGGAGCGGGCCCGGCUCAGGUCAGUCCCGGCCGUGGCGCUCCGGACAGCGGCCGGAGGCUGCGGACAAAGGGGACAAAAGGGACAAAGCGGCUCCGCAGCCCCCGGAGCUGCCCCGUCCCGGCGCCGCGCGGGUCCCGGGCGGGCUCGGCGGGACAAAGGGGGCAGGACGCUCCCAGCGCCGUGCCGGUGUCUCGCCGGGUGCCGGUCCCGCAGCCCCCAUGGAGGAGCGCAGGAAGAAGCGCAGCCCCAAGCCCUGCCUGGCUCAGCCGCCGCCCCCCGGAGCCCCGCGGCCGCUGCCCCCGAGCAAGAGCGCGUCCUUCGCGCUGCCGCUGCCCGCGCUGCCCUCGCCCCGGCAGCGGCCGCGGCCCCGCCGGACGAGCAAGGAGCGGGCGCGGGCGGGCGCGGGCGGGUCCCGGGGGGCCCCGCUGCAGCACAGCUUCCUCACCGACGUGUCCGAUGUGUGCGAGAUGGAGGGGGGGCUGCUCGGCCUCCUCAGCGACUUCCACUCGGGAAAACUGCAGGCGUUCGGGAAGGAGUGCUCCUUCGAGCAGCUGGAGCACGUGCGGGAGAUGCAGGAGAAGCUGGCGCGGCUGCACUUCGGGCUGGACGUGUGCGUGGAGGAGCUGCCCCAGGAGCAGAAGAAGGCGGCGGCCGACAGGAACCUGGACCAGCUGCUGGCACACCUGGAAGAGCUCAGCAGCUCCAUACAGAAGCUGCACCUGGCCGAGAGCUCGGACCCCGAGGACGCUGCGCCCUGACCCUGUCCCCGCUCCUGUCCCCGCUCCUGUCCCUGUCC